AUGGGUGAUUGGAAAUGCAGUUCAUCACAGAUCACAGAAGCUGAACCGAGGAUGCUACUAACAACAAUUUUGAGCGGUUGGCUUUUUGUGGACAAGAGGAGACUCGUCCAAGUGUUCCCAGAACCGGUGCGGAAACUAUGGGACGAUUGGGAGCUGCGAAUGCUGGUCCUCAUCAGCCUCACCUUGCAAAUAUUACUCAUUGUGGUGGGCAACCGUAGAAAGUAUAAUCCAAGAGCUUGCCUCAGAUUGUGUAUUUGGUCAGCCUACCUAAUGGCAGACUGGGUCGCAACUGUUGCACUUGGUGUCCUCUCCAAUAAGCAAGGAAAUCCCUGCACCUGUGCUGCCAAUGUAACCAGUACUAACGAUGAUGAGCUCAUGGCAUUUUGGGCACCAUUUCUGCUGUUACACCUCGGCGGCCCAGACACAAUUACUGCUUAUGCUAUAGCAGACAAUGAGUUGUGGAUAAGGCACUUCCUUGGACUUGGUGUCCAGACGGGCGUGGCAUUGUAUGUCACUAUCACGGCCUGGAGUGGAACUUGGCUCUCCGUCCUCACCAUUCCCAUGCUUUUUGCUGGGUUGGUAAAGUAUGGAGAAAGGUCACUGGCCUUGAGAUCUGCAAAUCGUGAGCAGUUUCUUGAUUCCUUGCUCGAUGCUCCUGAUUCUGGCCCAAAUUAUGCUAAAUUCAUGGAGGAAUUCAGUUUGAAGAAGGCCGAGGAGUUUAGUGUGUCGGCUGUUGAGGUGAUCGAGGUUUCUCACCAGUCCGAUGGUCGCAAUGACGGUAACGACAGUGCCGCUAAUACAAGUAAAUUAUUGCCUGAUGCGUACAGCUUCUACCACAGUUUCAAGCGGCUCUUCGUAGAUCUUAUUCUUAGCUUCCAAGAUCGAGAUAAGAGCCAGUCUUACUUCCAGAAAUCCACUAAUUGGGAAGAUGCUUUCAAGUUAGUUGAAAUCGAACUUGACUUCGCGUAUGAUGCUUUCUAUACAAAGGCACCUAUAAUAUUCACUAAAUGGGGAUGCAUUUUCCGCUUCAUUACUUGCUCUAUCACUAUUAUAGUGUUUGUGUUGUUCCUGUUUGUUGAGAAACACAAUCACCUGCGGACUGAUCUCAUAGUUACUUACAUAUUGAUGGCGGGAGCUAUUAUUUUAGAUUUCUAUGGUGUCAUUUUGCUAUUACUCUCUGACAGGGCAAAGCUAUGGUUGAGUGAGCACAAAUCUGAAGUAAUCUCUUGUUUUCAACGAAUUGUUUCUAAACAGGUAUCUUCUUUUCUACCUUCUAACAAAAAACGGUGGUCAAAUUCCUUGGCUCAGUACAAUUUGCUAAGUUUUUCCCUUAGACGAAACCUCGUGCCUUUUCUGGAUGAUAAAUGUUUCCAAAAGAUUGUGAAGCAUUUGCCAUUUUAUGAAACAUUGGAGAAGCACUGGUAUGAAUACCGUUUCGAAGAAAUCUCUAGAGAAAUGAAGGAGUCGAUCUUCCAGCACUUUCUGAAGAAAUCAGAGGUCAGCAAAGAAAAAGCAAAGGUCAACAAAGAAAAAGCAGAGGUCAACAAACAAAUAUCAGAGUAUGAGAAACAUAUCGGGUCUUUAUGUAGUGCCAGAGGUGGUCUUGUUUUCAAAGAAGAAAAAUAUGAAUGUUCCUCCUCAUUCGAUUGGAGCACUGAGCAGGUAGAAUUCGACCAAAGCAUUCUUAUCUGGCACAUUGCUACUGAUCUCUGCUAUCACUUAGAUGGUGCGGAAAACUUGGCCGCCAAAGAUUCGAGCAAGAACCUAUCGGACUACAUGUUGUAUCUUUUAGUCAUUCGUCCUUUCAUGCUGCCAAUUGGGAUUGGGAUGAUGAGGUUUCGAGACACCUGUGAGGAGGCCAAGGAAUUUUCCAAGGAAAAUGAUUUAUCAUCAAAAAAUAAGGACGAACUUCCCACAAUGUUGCUCGAAGUGUGUACUGAAGUUGAACCAACAAAGGUGAAAGGGGACAGGAGCAAAUCCGUGCUAUUCGAUGGAUGUAUGCUUGCAAAUCAAUUGCAGAAAAUGGUGGAGAAAGAGAAAUGGAAUAAAGAGAAGAAGUGGGAGUUUGUUUGUAACGUGUGCAUUGAGAUUCUGGGUUACGCUGCAAGUCACUGCAGAGGAUAUCAUCAUGCUCAACAGCUUUCCAAGGGCGGGGAGCUCCUCACUCAUGUCUGGCUUCUUAUGGCGCAUCUUGGCAUUACCGAACAAUUUCAAAUCAACCGAGGCCAUGCCAGAGCCAAGUUGGCUGUGAAAUGA